AGCGGCGCCGUUGCACGCACAGACUACCCAAUUUCACUGUGCCUCACAUUCAAGAGCACCGUGUGCACAAACGCGGCUCGGGCCUGCUUGAUCAAACCGCCUUCUCUCUUUUUCUUUCUUUCUAUCUGCCUUUUUUUUUGUUGCUGCUGGUUGACGCGCUUCUCUGCGUGCCGCAGGAGCGAACGCCUAAACUCACCGUAUUUGACUCUCACUCUUUUCCACUUUGCUUUACCAAAAACCUUCACUCAGUUCGUUUUGUAUUCUUCUUCUGAUUCCGUCGUUUCAGGCGUGGUGCGGCAAAGACACUUUGCUGUUACUGUUGUUGUGAUCUUUACUGCUUCCCCCUCCCCCUUCCCCCCUUUUCCCCUGAAUAGCGCACUGCCUUUUUCGUCUUCUAUAUCCGCGAAGGUGUCCUUCAUUUCUCUCUCUACUAAAAAAGGAAGAAGAAAAGAGUGCCGAAUCAACAUUGGGGUUGCUAGACUGGCUGGCUUCCUUCCUCGCUAUAGUUUGACCUUUGUCUUGUCAUCUUCGUUUGGACUGCCGCCAUGAUUACCCCCAGUCACCCACGACGGACGCGCAAGGAGGUCCGGCUCGGCAAAAACCCCGACGUCGUGUACUGCGAGGAGGACCGCAUCGGUCAAGGCCAAUUUGGUACUGUCUACCGUGGCCGCUGCCCCGCCACGGACACCGUCGUCGCCGUUAAGAUGCUCCGCGACAUACCCGCCGUCGGCGUCAGCGAGGCCGCCAGCACCUGUCGCCCUGAUCGCACGACGGCGCCGGAGGCAGACGGACGCGAAAACUCGACUUCCACACCAAAGCCACGACCGCGGUUCCCCUCCGAGUUGGAGCUGCUGUGGGCACUGCGCGGUGAUCACUGCCCGAACAUCGUACACGUGCUCUCUGUGUGGAACAAGCCGCGUAAGCACCACUCCACCGGCGGUACAACAUCAGCGGAGAGGCGGAGCAGCAGCGGUGGUGGCAAUGAUGGUUCCCCGCCGCCGUCCUCCACGUCCACGGCCGCCUCCUCCCCCCGCCGGGCCGACACACACGAGCGGCACUCGAACAUGUACGUGCUGGUGACGGAGUACUGCGAGGGCGGCGACCUCCAGCACCGCCUGCAGGCCCUCGACUCGAACGUGCCAACCCACGUCGCCCGCUCCUUCACCUACCAGCUGUGCAACGCCCUCUACACCCUCAAGCGGCGCCGCAUUGUACACCGCGACAUCAAGCCGGCGAACCUGCUCUUAACCUCGCGGGAUUGGGAGACGGCGACGCUGAAGGUGGGGGACUUUGGAAUGGCCAAGGCAGCCCCGGCCCCCACGGCGGUGCGGAAGGGAGAAGGAGCAGCCGCGGCGGAGGCGAACACGGAAGACAGCGACGCCGCGGCUGGGCUCAUGCACGACGUCGACGGGGACGAGUCCAACCCCCUCCCCUCCACGCUCUUCUACUCGGAGGUGGGCACGCCGAUGUACAUGUCGCCCGAACGCAUUGCCGGGCAGCCCUACGACUACAAGGCGGACGUCUACUCGGCUGGCAUGGUGCUGCUGGAGAUGCUGCUCGGGUCGUGCGUCCGCGUGACACGGGUGUCGCAGCUGCGGACGAUGGUGCCAGAGACGAUUCAGCGCAUUCGCCGACGGUACACCGCCAAGGGCGGAGAAGCCCCGGUGUGGCUCGACUUGGUGCAGAAGAUGACGGCGACCGACCCGGCGCAGCGGUACUCCGUUGAGGAGGUCCUGCGGCAUCCGUGGUUCGCCGCGGGGGUCGGGCCGGCCCUUCCGCCCCUGACGUUCGAACUGCCGUCCGAGGAAAGGGAGAUGGAGAAAGAGCCCGCCGCUGCGGAGGAUGCGGGGAGGGACGGGGGAAGGAGUGUUGAGGACGCACGGCUGACCGGACACGACGGUGCUGCCGAUCAAGCAGAAGCUGCGGCUCCUUUGAAGUCCGCCGCCACGGAUGCCGCUGCCACCGCCUCCGCAAAGCACGCCGUACACGAUGCCACGGCGGUCCUGCCGCCCCCCAUCCACACCGAGGCGGACCGUCAAGAGGAAAACGACGCCGGCAUUUCGACCCCCGCGCGUGGGGAGCAUCGGCAGGGGCCACCGUCGUCUUGGUCGCUGCUGGGUGUGUGCACCGGGAUCGAGCUGCAGCACAACACGGCCCGCUGCGUCUGCACAGGGCCGACGCCUAAGUCGAAGCACAGCGGACUCGCGUCCGUCAAUCAUGUGGCGACAGCUACCACAGCGGCGGCGGCGGUGUCGGCUGCUGCCGCGCUCGCCCUGCCGGCGGCGUGUGGGCCACACGUGAUCACCCACGCCGUACGCGGCUUCGUCGACAGCGUGUACCUCUACGCCCUGCAAGAUGAGCUGGACCCCGUGGGCGGACUGACGCUCAUCUCUUUCCUUGUCGAGCUCGUGCAAAACGGGUUUGGUGCCUACCUCGAGUGUUUGGAGUCCCUCGGCAGCGGAGGAGGCGCGGGGACGAGCACAACUGCAACGGCGGGAACUGAUGGGCCGUCUGCGCUGGAGAACAGCAGCGGCGUCUGCAUCGACGGACACCGCUUUGUUGUGAAGGAGGUCGGGGGACUGCCGGAGGUGUGGCAGCGGCUGAUGGUGCGGUUGUCGCACGCGAAGACGGUGUACACGGCGCAGCUGCCGCCGCGCAUGCUGCAAAAUGCUGCGCUGUGGCGGCGACGUGUGCUGCGAACGACGACAGGAGGAGCCGCAGCUGCAGAAGAUGGCGUGAAGGAUGCAGACGCCGAGGACAGCAACCUCUACGCCGCGUCGACGUCUUCGUCCGAAGAGGAGGCGGCCAUGCCGGGUCUGCCGAACGUCGCUUCCAUCACGAAUGUCGCCGCAGCUGCACAUGGGCCAAUGUUGUUGCCUGCAGCGGCUACGACGACGACCACCGCCGCUGCUGCUGCUGCUGGUGGCGCAGGAAGUCCGCCACUCCGUGCCUACACGCUGAGCACCCGGGCAGAGCAGCUCAUUUUUGAAAAGGCCGUCGACUACCUUCAAUCGGAGGCGCUGGCGGUGCUCAUGACGCCACCGACUCUCCCCCCGCCCCCACAGGACUGUAGAGAGGAGGGACAACGACGCAUGGGCGAGCCCAGCGGGGACCGUCGUGACCUCGACACCACGGACUGCCUAGAGGAGGAGGAGGAGGCGUCCAAGAUUCGACACAGUCGGGUCGCACCGGUACCGCCCUCACCCUCGGCGUCGUCGAGUCGUCGGCUGUCAUCGACCACAACGGCAGGAGCCAACACGAGCGCCGCGGCAUCCACGGCGCACGCCGCCAUGCCGCCGCACCGUGGUAUCGCCCUGCUACGUGUGUUGUUGCAGCGCGCGGUGCUGAGCGUGGCGCAGGUGGGGUUGGAGCCGGAGGGACCGUUUGCGGCGCGCAGCCCGCCGCUUGAGCCGUCGGCGGUGUCCCCCGUCGUCGUCGUCACGCCGCGCGGCGAUGCGGUAAAUAACCCUUUCGCCGCACCGACGCGGACGUCCUCGCCGUCCUCCACCACCGUCACCGCCGCGGUGGCCGCCGUCGCGCCUUCGACGAAUUCGUGGGAGGGCGGGGAGACCGAGGCGGGCGGGUACGCGUUUGUGGUGCAGGUGCCGGUGUACGCGACGCUGCAGAGGACGGAUGUGGAGGUGGUGGAGAAUCUGUUGUGUGCCGCCACACGUGUGUUCACGAACUGCCAGCGCUCUGCCUAA